AUAUUUAAAAGCGGUAAUUUCAAGAUGUCUGAUUAAACUUAAAGGAGUUCCAGUCAAUAUUUUCAUUUAGUUUAUCAGAGUUUAUGACAAAAUAUUCUUUUAUGGCUUAACGCAGUGUAUUGCAAUCAUCAAUUAGUACAGCACUAACAACAUGGACACACCUUUUAAACCUGAUGGUUUAAAAAAAAGAAAGCUGAAGAAAAUUUUGAAAAAGAAACCAACCAUCUUAAAUUCAUCUUUGUCAUCAAAUGCCUACCAAAAGAAAGUGAAAGCUGCCAUCAAUGUGAGCUUGAAUUCCACUCGAAAUGUUCGCACACUACAGACUAACAAUAGAUCUUUAGCAAAUGGUCUUGAGAGAUGGAAGCAAGAAUGCCGCAUUGCUCAAGACAAAUGCAACUAUCUUUUGCAAACUAAUCAUGAUCUAAGAGAAUAUAUUUUAGAGUUGGAGAGAAAAAUAUCAUCUUCCCCAAGUUAUAUCAAAGAAGAAGUGGAAAGGCAAUACAAGCUUAGGAUAAAAAAAAUACAAAGUGAUGUAUGUGACCUUUUUAAUGGGCUUCUGGAGAAUAUUCUUCAAGUAACAUCUGACACUUCUGGCUUCUCUGAUACAUCCUUGCUCAAUUUAGACUUGCCUUUCAGCCCCUCACGUUUCUCUGGUAUCCAGCCGCUUGAAGAAGUAGAUGAUGAAGUACUGGGGCCUAUCUAUAAAAGAAAUAAACCACUUGAUUUGUCUUUAAUAAACGAGCAAUCCAUGCUUUUACCUGCAAUGGAUGGACUCCAAGAAUAUGAUGCUAGAGAAAAAAGCCAAGAACGAGCUCCAUGCACUCAAGAAAAAUCUCUCUCAAAGUUACCCCUUCGUAUUCCUGUUCAAAGGAAAAGAAAAUCUGAGCAAAACAAUUUAGAAAUAAGGAAGUCUUUAACUCCAGAACUAAGGAAGUCUUUAACUCCAGCUAAGUCUCUAGUUACUUCACCUAAAACUACUCCCAAAACUGACCAAUCAUCUGAUGCCAAAGUACCAUCUAAAACUUUGACUCCCAAAGAUAGUCCAAAGAAUAAGUCAACCUCAUUGAAGGCACUGCAUGGGAAGAAAAAAUCACCAAAAUCAAAAAUGAAAUCAGCUAAGAAAACAGUAAAAUCUCUGACUUUGUUAAAAUCAAGUCCUAAAAUUGAUGCACCUAUAAUUACUAAUGAGUUUGCCCUUGUUAAUAAUCACUUGGAAAUGAUCAAGAAAAUUCAGUUUGCACAGCAGAACAAUGAUCUUAAUGGCCAACUUGGCCCUGGUGUCUUAAGUGUUGUUGCACCUUCUGCUAUUGAAACCAAUUUCAGUAGUCAUGUUAAUCCUUCUUUCUCCUAUACCAAUCAUGAUUCUGCUGAUCAACCUCCAACUGUUGCAAAUUGUACAAACAUUUCAGUAGUGGAUAUGGAACUGACUCAGUUGGUCACUGCUGACACUCUUCCAGCAACCACUAGUUUAGUGGAGGUCAGAAAGCCAGACACUGAGGAUAUCAAUGAAUCUUCAAUUGAAGAUGUUAAAAAGGAGAAAACAACACAGGCUGAUGAUAUAAGUCAAUCAGAGGAACCAAUCAUUGAUAAUUUUGAAUGGGUCGAUCAGAAAUUUCCGGAUGCUGUUACACUUAGGAGAGGAAAACCUGGGCAAAUCUUAUUUGCUGCGUCCAGGAAAGAUCCUGAUGGUACACGCAAAAAUCUUCCAGUGGUUCCACCCACCAAGUCUAGAUCUAAGAAAAAAAAGAUGAACAACACGUCGGAAAGUUUUUCAGAGUCAGAUCCACAAAGUAUAUUUGAUUUUCAUGAUAAAACUCCCAAAGGUCUUGGAGAUGUUAAAUCAAAAGAUUUAUCAAUUUUCAAUAUAACUGGUGACGUGUCCACCACUUCACCAUUGCCAUCCUUGAAUACAUUCAAGCAGAGUCAGAGUAGCAAAGAGAAAAAUUAUUUAGAAACUGUUGCUUUACCCAAAGAUGUUCUUUCACUUUUAGGAGAUGAGCCAGAAUAUGAAAUGCCUUUGAAAUGUAGUCCUAGUCCAGUUAAAUCUAAAGUACAUCUUAGAACAAGAUCUCAGUCACGCAGUAAGAAGCGUAAAGAAGAAAAUGCUGAAAACACAGGUCGGUCCUACUCGGAAAGUAGAAAGAUCUCUGCUUUAUCUCCCGACUCUAUCAGUAGAUCAAGGAAUAGAAAAAGCACGUCUGAGGAUAUUUCAUCUGUUUCUGAUCGGGGUAGAUCAAGAAGUAGAAAGAGUCCAGUGCUGUGUUCAGAAGAUAUUCAAAUUAUUUCUAAGCGUGGUCGAUCAAAAAGUAGAAAGAGCCCAUUGCUAUCUUCAGAUGAUAAUCAGUUUGUUUCUGAACGCAGUCGAUCAAAAAGUGGGAAAAGUCUGGUACUUUCUUCAGAUGAUCAGAUUGUUUCUGAGCGUGGUCGAUCAAAAGGUAGAAAAAGUCUAGUUCUAUCUUCAGUUGAUCAAAUUUCUUCUGAGCGCGGUCGAUCAAAAAGUAGAAAGAGCCCAGCGCUACCGUCUGAUGGUAUUCAGUCUUUUUCUGAACAUGAAAGAUCGAUGAGUAGAGAUAGCCCAAUGUUACCUUCUGAUAUACAAUCUUUUUCUAAAGGUGGUAGAUCCAAAAGUAAAUCCAAAGAGCAAAGUUCUCCAAAUUCUGAGAUAAGAAAUGGGCAAUCCAAAAAGUAUAUAUUUUCUAACCAUGAAAAAGGAACAGAGGAGCAAUAUGAUGUGGACAUUGAAAAGAUAGAUCAAAAUGUUAGCACUAUUAAUUUAACAAAAAGGAUGACAUCUUUUCUAUCAGAUCAGCAGAAGUCCCUGAGAUUAUCUGUUCAGUCAGCCUGGCACAGUCCCAGACGUAUUAGUAAAAUAGAAUCUUCGACUGCAGAAAACAAUGAAGGGCUGCAAUGUACACCAAAGAAAGAGCCAUGGAAAGAAAUUGACAUCCAUGAGACGGAUUCAGAGUUUGAGAAGCCCAAAAAGAUUUCUUUAGGUCUUCAGAAAGGUAAAGCAGUAAUCAAAGAAUUGAAGAAAAGAGAAAGGCGAAAAUUCAGCUCCGAGGUGAAGAAUCUUGCCAAUAACAACAAUAAUGCAGAGGUUCUUUUACAGGCCAGUGUGAACAAGGAAGAUCUUGUGAAAACUGAAUCUCAGGAACCUGCCGUCAAAACAAGGUCUAGGACGAAUUCUCUAGAAAGUUCCAAUAGCUUUGAAGUACUUGCAGAAGUUCAUCCCAUACCCUCAACUGUUUGUGAUGGGAUGUCAAAAUCUAUCAAUGGUUUGCAUGAUACACAUCAGAAAGUGCUUAAAAAUGUUCCUGUCCCUAAAUUUAUACAGCAAGAGAGCAUUUCAGAUGAAAUAGAAACAGUGGCUGAGUUCUCUCUUGUAAAAGACAAAAAUGUACAAGCAUCUAAAUUGACCUGCACUCAAAAAAAGCUAGAUAAAAACAAAUCUGAUGAGAGGUUCCAUAGCACAAAUAAAUAUUCACCUCACACAAAAAAAUCCAAAAAAGAAAUUUUAAAACUAAUUGGUCCUCAAUUGGAAACAAAGUUAUUACCUUCACCAAUCAGAAGUACAGUUGAUACUGUGUCAAGAAGCAACGAAGUUGAAUUGGAAGAGGAUAGUUUGAACAGAGAUAGCUUUGAAAAGGCUACCAGCCAAAUACUUUCUAAAGUUAAAGAUUUAAAAACACCCAAAAUGACAAAGAAUGUUAAAAGUGAUAGCCAUCAACAAAAGAGCUCUUCUGGGAAUGAAAAUGCAUCUCCUCAAGCCAGCAUUAUGGUGAAAAAAACAGUCAUCCCCCAAAAACCAAAAACUAGUCACCAUGCUAAAGUCAACACCAAAACUCUUGGUGAUAUUGAUCCCAACACACAGCAUAGUACACAUAAUAAAUCACCUAUAACGUCACCUGCUCUAAAAACUAAAAGAUCAAAUCCAGAUCUUACCAACAGUGAUGUGCCUGAAUUGAAAAAAAGGAGAGCAGCCACCAAAGUUCAAAACUAUUCUGAGUUUUCAUUAAAAGCAAAAUUGAGAAGAGGAGAUCCCAUUUCAUCUCAUUACUGUUCCUCUGAAAACAUUGACAUCUAUAAAGAAAAAAUUAGAGGUAAAACCAAGAAAGCACUACAAAGUACUAUGGAGUCUCUACACAAUCAGUCCAUUCAAGAAGAGAACUAAGAACUAAGCUUUUUAUAAAGGGAAGGGGGCUAUUAGAGAGGGUGGGUGGGUGAGGUAAGCAAGGCUUCUUGUAAAUCUUUUUUUUAUAUUUUUUAAAAAUAAAGUUUCCAUUCAACAUGGAAUUUUAUUUUAUUAUGAUGUAACUUUUGUCUCUUCAUCUUGUUGAAUUGCCAGAAAUAUAAAUCAGUCAAUGUUUUGAAUUUCUCUUUGAAAAAGAUGUAAAUACUCUUAAGACUGAGUAAAAUGAAAACAUUUUCAGUUUUAAUUCUAUGUUUUUUUUUGUUAUAUCUGUUGUAAAUAAUGUGUGUGUAUAUUCAAAUGUUCACAGCUAGAAUGCUGUGUGUGUUUGUUCUUUAACUCUUCAGUGUGCAGCAUCAGUCUCAAAUGAGAGAAAUCUUCUCAGAGCAUAAUAAUGCAACAGGUUUCCUUUCUUGUUUACCUUGAAGAACAUUAACAAAAAAAAAAACUUCUAUGUAAUGUAUAAUUUCAAAUGACAGGCUCAUGCAUGAUAAAAAACCUUUUACUUUCAACUAAAAUUAAGAAUUGUUCAGGAAUGAAGUGUGAUCGAUGCUUGUUUGUGUGUAGUUAACUCUCUCUCUCUCAAUAAAGUAUUGCAAGUCAAAGUUGAAAUUUAAUUUAUCGAAAAAAGCAUUUCUGAGACAUUACCUUAAAAUUACAGUAUUGUUAUGUAACUGCUUAUAGUUUUGAAGAUUAAUGAAAAUCAAUUAUAAUAUAAUAGCUUUCAUCAGGAGUUGGGGGCUUGUGAAGUUUCUAUUUGCCAUUAUAUGGGUUUAACUUUGUUGAUUGAUGUAAUACUUGGCGAGGAAGUGACAUGUUUACUCUAGACCAUGAGGAAUGGAUAAUUCUAGGAAUUCUGUGGACAUAUUAUCAAUGAUCUCACAUGUAGUUAAUUUGCCUUUUUACUGUUACAUGUGAACUAUUUUUUUAUUCAGCUAUUUUUUUUUUAAAAGCAAAUGAGCAUGGUCAUUGCACUCAAACUCUUGUCAGGAAAUUUUUUUAAAAACAAAUUUUUGUUAUGUUCAGAUUCUACCUCAAUUUUGGCAUCGUUGACAUAUUUACAGCAAAAUAUUUUGUAACUUGUAGACCAUUUCCUUGUUACACAGCAAUAGGAUCCAAAGUUUUUGUUACUUCUAAAAAGGCUGUUUCAUUAACUCUAAAGUCUCCCCUGUGACUGUUUGCAGUUUGGAAGAUAAUAAUCAAAUGAUGCAAAAUUCAUCCAUUUUACAUUUCUAAUUCAAGUAGAAAAAAUCAUCAGCGCUUUUAUUUAUUUUCUUUCUCUUCUGUUUUUUUGUUUUUUUAAGAUUGGCAAUUGUUCACCCAUUGUAAGGGUGUCUACUUGUGUGUAUUCUCAUGUGAAUAAUGCAGAAUAAAUACCAUGAACAAUAUCAAA